AUGCAAAAGGCCCGAGCCUACGACCGGUUCUCCAGCCGUCCUGCAAUAGAUCAUGCUCCCAGGGUUCAUUCGAAUAACACUUCCUCCUACCGUUUCUGGAAUAACCGGACCAAGCCCCACUUGGUGGAAAGCUUACCAGAUGUUCACUUCGACCUGGGAGAGAUGUACUCGGGCUCCAUUUCCAUCAACUCGCACCAGAAUGAAUCCCGGUCUCUCUUCUACAUCUUCCAGCCCAAGAUUGGCGAACCGUCAGACGACUUAACCAUCUACCUUAAUGGUGGACCAGGGUGUUCCUCCGAACAAGCCUUUUUCCAGGAGAAUGGACGCUUCACGUGGCAGCCGGGUACAUAUGCUCCGGUCAUCAAUCAGUAUUCAUGGGUGAACCUGACCAACAUGCUAUGGGUCGACCAACCGGUGGGAACUGGCUACUCUGUGGGCACACCCACAGCAACCAACGAAGCAGAGGUAGUCGCGGACUUUCUCGAGUUCUUCACGAAGUUCCAGGAUCUUUACGGCAUCAAGAACUUCCGCAUCUUCGUGAGUGGCGAGAGCUACGCGGGGCGGUACGUUCCCUACAUCUCCUCGGCGAUGUUAGACAAGAAUGAUACCACCCACUUCAACCUCAGCGGAGCUCUCCUGUACGAUGCCUGCAUCGGGCAAUGGGACUGGGUCCAAGCCGAACUCCCCGCGUACCCCUUCGUACAGCAGCACGCCUCGCUGUUCAACUUCAACGAGACCUUCAUGACCUCGCUAGCAACCACCUACGAAGAAUGCGGCUACCAGGCCUACUUCGACGAGUACUUCACCUUCCCGGCCUCUGGCCUCCAACCGCCGAGAUACAUGAACUACUCCGAUGUGGCGUGCGACAUCUACAACGCGAUCUACUACGAAGCCUUCACGCCGAACCCAUGCUUCAACCCCUACCGCAUCAUCGACGAGUGUCCCCUGCUGUGGGACGUGCUGGGCUUCCCGACCGAUCUCGCCUACGAGCCCGGGCCGACUACCUACUUCAACCGGUCGGACGUGAAACGCGCCCUGCACGCCCCCCAGAACAUCGAAUGGGAGCUGUGCAGCACCGACCCCGUCUUCGUAGGCGGGGACGCCGUCUCCGGCCCCGAGCAGCAGGGCGACGACUCGCCCAACCCGACCGAGGGCGUGCUGCCGCGCGUCAUCGAGGCCACCAACCGCGUGCUCAUCGCCAACGGCGACUGGGACUACUUGAUCAUCACCAACGGCACCCUCCUGGCCAUCCAGAACAUGACCUGGCACGGCCAGCUGGGGUUCGCGGCCGCCCCCGCCACCACCAUCGAUAUCCGCAUGCCCGAUCUCCAGUGGGCGGGCGUCUUCGAUGCCCAGGAGGGCUACGGGGAUCUGGACGGCCCGCAGGGCGUCAUGGGCGUGCAGCACUACGAGCGCGGGCUGAUGUGGGCUGAGACCUUCCAGGCCGGGCAUAAGCAGGCCCAGGAUCAGGGCCGCGUCUCGUAUCGGCAUUUGCAGUGGUUGUUAGGCGAGGUUGACAGUCUUUGA